GCGGGGUGAUCGAAGGACCAGAGGGUGUGGAGAUAGGUGGCCGUGUGGUGAAAGACUCGAGGUUUGCUAAUGGGGACCUGAGCUGUGGAGGGGUCCGAUCAUGUGAUAAUAAUAAAAGUCUUACCGCUGUGUGAGGUUUUGAGGCCCAGUGUGUGCUAACAGAGGGGCGGUGCAAGGUGAUGGAGGGACCCGAGGAGAUGUGUAACAGGGGAGAGGACGUCAGAGGAGUACUGAGGUAUGCAAAUGGGGUUAUAGCUGUAGAGAGGCCCUGUGUGUGUCACUGGGGGAUGAGGUGGUAGAGGUACCAGAAGGUGUGCUCAUAGGAUUUGGGCUCUGAGGCCCUGAGUGUGGUAAUGAGGGUUAGGAUGGUGUUACUACUGUGUAUUUGUCCAUGAGGGACUGCAGGGUGUGAGGGUCCAGGGUGUGCUCAUGGAGGGCAGGGUAGUGGAAAAACUCCCGUAUUGAGAGGGUGCCAAUGGGGGCGGUCAUAGCCAUAGAGGAUAUGUGCAUAUGGUAAUGAAGGUCUGGGUAGUCCAAGGCCCAGUGUAAGCUAAUGGGGGCAGACUGGUGGAAGACCUGAGCCUCUGCUAAUGGGUAUCAGAAUUGUGGCUCUGUGUGUGGGGUGGUGGUUGGUGGCAAGGGAAGUAUCUUAGCACUGUAAGAGGGUCAGUGUAUUAAGGAUCAAGAUGGUAUGAGAUCAGUGUGUAUGUGUGUCCAUGAGGUCAGGGGAUCUGAGAGACUCUAGGACGCCCUAAGAAGGGGCAGGGUAACAGAUGAAGUUCUAAUGACUGCUAAGGUGGGUUUAGAGUCAUGGAGGCGCUUAAAUGUGUGCCGGGGUUGGAGGGGGCGAGAAUCAGAGCAGUAUGAGGUCUGGAAUAUGCUAAUGAGCGUCAGAAUAUUGUGAAGGCUGUGUGUGCCCCUGUGUCCGUGGGGGCCUGUGGUGUGUUGAGGUCCCCAGGAAUGCUAAUGGGGGGUAGAGCUGUGGAGGGGAUCUAGUGUGCCAUAGGGACGCUCAGGGCUGUGAAAGGAUCCAAGUGUCAGCCAACAGGGCUUAGAGCUGUGGAGGAGUUGAAGCAAAGAGAAAUAAAGGACAGGACUAUGGGAAGAUCUAGGUGUGCUAAAGUGGAUUAGAGCCAUGGAGGGCUGGAGUGGGCUAAUGGGGUUCCGGGCUGAAUGAGGAUCUGUGUGUGCUAAUGAGGGUCAGGCCAUUAUAGAACAGUGUGUUUGUGCAUCCCUGGAGAAUAGAGCUGAGUCCAGGUUCAGGCUGUGCUAAUGGGGAGACACUGUGUGAGGCCCAGUGUGUGCUAAUAGGGGUCACGGUGAAGUGAAGGUCCAGCUUGUGCUGAUGAGAGGGGGGGGGGACAGGGUAGUGGGAGGACCAGAAUACAUGUUAAUGAUGAUCCUUGCUGUGGAGGGGUCCCAGUGUGGGCAAAACAGGUCAGGAAUCGGAAUCUGCAGGGUGCACUUUGUGUUAAUGGGAUUCAGGACAGUGUGAAGGUCCAGUGAGUGCUAAUGUGGGUUAGCUGUAGCGGGUCCCAAGUGCAUGUUAAUAGGGGUCGGAAUCAUGUUAGGGGAGCAGGGAGUGCUGUGGAGAAGCUAACAAGCACCUGGGCCUGCGAGGGGCCCAAGAGUAUGGUGGUAAGAGUUAAUUUAGAGGGGCCCAACUGUGUGCUAACAGAGUUCAGUGCUCUGCUGGGGCUUUGUAUGCUGAUGGAGGUUAGAGAUAAAUAGGGAAAUUGCAGUGCUGAUGGCAGUUAAGAUGCAAAGAAGCCUUCUUGAGGGUCCAGUGUGUACUGAAGGAAGCAGGACACAGUGAGAGGCCAGUGUGUGCUUAUGGGAUGGUUCUGGACAGGAUGAGGGUGGUGUGUCCCUAUGGGAGUUAGCAGAGUGAUGACUGUGUCCACAGUGGUCGGUGUGAUGUGAGGUGGUGAGUAUACUUGGAUGUGAGGGUAUUCUGAGGAUGGGUGUGUCCUCUGGGUGGGGGGUGUCAAGAAGGACAUGUGCCCUUUUUUGAGAGGGGUUGUGUAUCCAGUUUCUUGCUCCCUCCUUCACUAUUCUGAAAGUCUAAAAAUCUCAGAAAACUGAAAUGAUAUUUACAAGUUUUACUGCAUAUUGAUGUUCAAAUGUCUCUGUUCACAGGGUCCCCCUGCUGGGGGUGUUGUAUGAUACACAGAUUUUGUACCCCAUCUUCCUAAAAUUCCCCCCAAAAUGAACUCUGGAACAUGCCAAACCCUUGGGGUUUCCAGUUAGGGGUCAUAGACUCAUGAUUCCUUCUGGCUCCCUCCUCAUCCUCCAUCUAGCCCUACUUACAGUCACCCUCCUCCCCGCCUCAGAUCCCCCAUUCCCUGCCCCAGCAGGCAAAGCGACUGGAUAUCUGCGCCAUACGGAUACAAGACAGUCUUUGGGGCCUGGCCACACUUCACCUUCCUCAGCUUCAUGUUCAGUGUUCAGCCUCCUGGGUCAGGAUUUUUUUCGUUAAUGUUAUCCUGGGUUCUUUGGAUAGACUUCAUCCUCUUUACUGAGGUCUUCCUGCUAGGCUGGCCCCUCUGCCCAUCCUGGGGGUAAUGAGUUCAGGCAGGCAGAAGCGGGGUUUGGAAGCCACUGGGGUAAGCACCUGAUUUCAAGGUGACAGAUGACCCACUUCUCUCCUCGAAUCCACCCCCAGCCUCAUCCUCAACCUCCUAUCUAGCUCCACUUCCCUUGGGCCCAGGGCCAUCUUAGGCCCUGCUGUGAGUCCAGAUGGUUCCUGGGCCAGGUCUUUCCCCCUCCUUGUUGGCCCAGAGCCCAGGAGGAAGCAGAAGAAGGCCGGCCUCAGCUUUUUGGUGGCCCCAUUCCCUCCAGCAGCCCCAUCUAGGUCAUCUUGCCAAUGCCAGUGUCCCUGGGCCACUUUGUCUGGGGUUGUUCAUGAGUAGCAGGGACUCACCCUCCUCACCCUGACAGAGGUUGGUUUCUAGGCCCUCCUUUGCCCCCCUACCCCAUUCAUUAAUUUCUGCCAUAAGCACUUUUUGAGCAUCUACUUUGUGUCAGUCACUGUUCCAGGUCCUCAGGAUAUAGCCGUGACCUAAACAGACAGAAAUCUACCCUGGCGGAGCUGAUCUUCUAGUUAUGGCGGUCGCCAUGGAUCGGAUGAAGAAGAUCAAACGGCAGCUGUCAAUGACACUCCGAGGGGGCCGAGGUGUAGACAAGACCAAUGGUGCCCCUGAACAGAUAGGCCUGGAUGAGAGUGGCGGCGGCGGCAGUGACCUUGGAGAGGCCCCCACACGUGCUGCCCCUGGGGAACCUCGCUCUGGGCGGGGUCCACUCAGCUCUGCACCAGAGAUUGUACACGAGGACUUGAAGAUGGGGUCAGACGGGGAAAGUGACCAGGCUUCAGCCACGUCCUCGGAUGAGGUGCAGUCACCAGUGAGGGUGCGCAUGCGCAACCACCCCCCGCGCAAGAUCUCCACUGAGGAUAUCAACAAGCGCCUGUCAUUACCAGCCGACAUCCGGCUGCCCGAGGGCUACCUUGAGAAGUUGACCCUCAAUAGCCCCAUCUUCGACAAGCCCCUCAGCCGCCGCCUCCGCCGGGUCAGCCUGUCUGAGAUCGGCUUUGGGAAACUGGAGACCUACAUCAAGCUGGACAAGCUGGGAGAGGGUACCUAUGCCACCGUCUACAAAGGCAAAAGCAAGCUCACAGACAACCUUGUGGCGCUCAAGGAGAUCAGACUGGAACACGAAGAGGGGGCGCCCUGCACCGCCAUCCGGGAAGUGUCCCUGCUCAAGGACCUCAAACACGCCAACAUCGUCACGCUACACGACAUUAUCCACACAGAGAAGUCGCUCACCCUUGUCUUUGAGUACCUGGACAAGGACCUGAAGCAGUACCUGGAUGACUGUGGGAACGUCAUCAACAUGCACAAUGUGAAACUGUUCCUGUUCCAGCUGCUCCGUGGCCUGGCCUACUGCCACCGGCAGAAGGUGCUACACCGAGACCUCAAGCCCCAGAACCUGCUCAUCAACGAGAGAGGAGAGCUCAAGCUGGCCGACUUCGGCCUGGCCCGGGCCAAGUCAAUUCCAACGAAGACCUACUCCAAUGAGGUGGUAACGCUAUGGUACCGGCCCCCCGACAUCCUGCUCGGGUCCACGGACUACUCCACUCAGAUUGACAUGUGGGGUGUGGGCUGCAUCUUCUAUGAGAUGGCCACAGGCCGGCCCCUCUUCCCGGGCUCCACGGUGGAGGAACAGCUGCACUUCAUCUUCCGCAUCUUGGGAACCCCAACUGAGGAGACGUGGCCAGGCAUCCUGUCCAAUGAAGAGUUCAAGACAUACAACUACCCCAAGUACCGAGCCGAGGCCCUUUUGAGCCAUGCACCCCGACUUGACAGCGACGGGGCUGACCUCCUCACCAAGCUGCUGCAGUUUGAAGGUCGCAAUCGGAUCUCCGCAGACGACGCCAUGAAACAUCCAUUCUUCCUCAGUCUGGGGGAGCGGAUCCACAAACUUCCUGACACUACUUCCAUAUUUGCACUAAAGGAGAUCCAGCUACAAAAGGAGGCCAGCCUUCGGUCUUCGUCAAUGCCUGACUCAGUUGCCGGCGGACAGCAUGGCCGUGCCAGCCUCCCACGCUGAGGCCAGGCCUAUACCCCUCCCCAUCAUACCCUCCCCCAGGACCACUACACCACGGCCAGCCAGGGGUCCGGAGCUAGCCCAGGCUGGGGAUCUCAGACUCAGACAAGACAUGGUGAUGCCUUGGGUCUGAGGCUCCCCUGCCUGUUUUCCUGCCCUGCCCCACCUGCCUCAUGUUGUGUGGGCCUUUUUUUUGUUUGUUUCAUUCAUUGUUUUUUUUUUAAUUAAUUUUAAAUGAGGUUUUCAUUUUUUAAAUGCAAUAUCUCUGUAUACAGACUGGCUGGGCCCCACCCACUUCGUGUGGCCCUCCCACAGUAUUUUGUGCAAUGAAGCCCCGCUCCCAGCCUUUCCAUGGCAGGGACACAGCCCCUAUUCAGAACCCUGACCAUCACCAGACCCUGGGGUCAGCUAAGGGAAAGCAUGCCUUGACCACUCGCCUUCUGACCCCCACCUGCCAUCCCCAGCUGCAGGGGGACUUGGGGACUACUGGAGACUCUCUGGGAGAUGGAUGAGGUGGGGGGCCCCCACUCUUUCCCUCCUGGAGUCCCAUAGCUGGGGCCUCCUUCUCAGGGUCUCCCUAGCCCAGCCCUCCUGCCCCCAUCCCACUCGGUGCUGCUGAGUAGGGGCCCUGCCAGGAACUGACCGACACAGCAAGGAGCCAUAGUGUGUGUAUGCGCACAAGCAGGGACAGAGGGGCACAUAGGGGGUUGUGCCCAGGCGUUACCCCCUAACCCCCGGGGAAGGUGAGGCAGGGCAGGGACAGUUUCUGGGGUUAGUCCUCAGAUGGGUGGUUACCUCCCCUUCCUCCACUCUAAACCCUGGGGCCCUCAAAUGGGGUGGGAGGGCAGGGGCAGGGCCCUCCUAGGGGGGUUUGGGGGGUUGGGUUCCUGAAUGCACCAUAAUCGCUGUAUGAAAUAUUAAAAAGUCUAAAGUGAAAAA